AUACAACAUUUGAUAUUGAUAUUUAAUCCAUAUGAAAUGUUAUUCAUCUAAUGUCAUCUUUAAUAACGCGAUUGUGGGAAUUCAAAAUUCGUAUAAGCGCAAUACGAAGGGAUCACAUGUGAGAAAAGGACCGCCCUAGUAUUAGUAUCAGUUAUACAGCGAAGAUAGUGAUGGGGAAGGUGGCUUAGGCAAUGUGAACCGACUAAUAAUGCGCCCUCCUGGACAUAGUGGCAAAGCAAAACGUGGACACUUGUGCUUUGAUGCUUCAUUUGAAACAGGAAACUUGGGAAGAGUAGAUUUAAUAAAUGAAUAUGAAUAUGAUUUAUUUAUAAGGCCAGAUACGUGCAGUCCUCGGUUCAGAUUUUGGUUCAAUUUCACCGUGGACAAUGUGAAACAAGACCAGAGAGUAAUUUUCAAUAUUGUCAACAUAAGCAAAUAUAGAAAUGUUUUUAACGAAAAUUUGACCCCUGUUGUAAAAUCAUCGACUCGUCCAAAAUGGCAGAGAAUACCGAAAACUGACGUGUUUUAUCAGCGAUCCCUAACACACCAUGGUCAUUAUGUUCUCAGCUUUGCAUUUGCGUUCGAUAGAGAAGAUGAAGUAUUUCAAUUUUCCAUCGCCGCCCCUUAUAGUUAUUCGAAACUGCAGGCCUAUCUCUCAUGUUUGGAAUCAAAAGCUACCCAUUUAAACGAGAGCUUUUCAAGGGAGUUAUUAGGAAAUAGUAUCCAAAAACGAAGGCUAGACGUAAUCACCAUUGGAUCGAAAGGAAUACCAAGCGUCAAAAAUAAGAAAAGGGUUGUUGUGGUAUUAGCAAGAGUUCAUCCGGGUGAAUCGCCGUCAAGCUUUGUCUGUCAAGGUUUGUUGGAAUUCUUAGUCAGCUCUCAUCCACUAGCUACAUUGUUAAGGGAACAUGUGAUAUUUAAGAUAGUGCCAAUGCUUAAUCCAGAUGGAGUAUUUUUAGGAAAUUAUAGAAGUACACUAAUGGGAUUCGAUUUAAACCGUUCCUAUCACAUAGCUUCUUCUUGGGCGCAUCCUACUUUAAGAGCUACAAUCGAUAUGAUCAUUGCAUUAGACAAAGGCAGAGACCUGCAAUUAGAUUUUGUCUUAGAUAUUCACGCACAUACCACGUUAAAGGGAUGCUUCAUUUACGGAAAUACAUACGAGGAUGUUUAUAGGUAUGAACGCCAUAUUGUAUUCCCAAAGCUUUUAGCGAACACUGCGGAUGAUUACGCACAUUCAAAUGCAAUGUUCAAUUCGGAUGUCAAUAAAAUAGGUACAGCUCGAAGAUUCUUUUGCUCCACGUUAAGCAACAAGGUGAAUUGUUACACAUUUCAAGUUUCAAUUUACGGCUAUCACGCUCACGGCUCGGAAUUGUGCAUACCUUACAACGAAGAAAGUUAUAUGAGGUGUGGUAGAAAUCUGGGAAAAGCGUUUUUGGAGUACUAUCAAAUCAUUGGUGCUAUUCCAGUAAGUCUGACCUCAGACGUGGGUGAAAAGAAACGACGCCCAAAAACGCAUCGAUCCAAGUUAACAGCGCGCUCAUGGCAUAGUGAUAGGCCCAAAACAACGAGGAGUCGUUUUAUGUUGCAUUUUACCGACGUAAAUUAUGACAGUGAAACUUCCGGGGAAGAGUUGCAUCAUAGUUAUAGGUACCAACUCAGUCCCACUCGAACACCUCAUCAAGAUCGUGAUGAUCAUUACUUGAAGAAGUUGGGAGGCGGUGGUAGGAUCAAAUGCAGCCGCGUUGGGUCUCCUCCUCCAACGACAUACAUUGUUAUGCCAGAACCUAGUUUAUCGAUAAUAGAUUUUAAUCUAAUUACUAGAAACGAAAUUGAUGCUGCGGCCAAAAGAAAAAAUUGAAAUUGCGAUAAUUCGUUUUCCUAAUAUCUCGAUGACCAAGAGCAAGGAAAUGGUAACAAAAGUGUGUGGCGAUCCAGUUUGUUAGUGACCCUGAUGCGCGAAAAAUGAUCAGUAUAACAUCGACAUUGCAUGGAAUUGUUCCUAAAAACUUCAGACACGAUUAUAUUAUUAUACAUACGCACCUUAAUAUAUGGGUAUUACCUAUUUUGAAAGAACAUUCGCUUACUGUCUGUAAUUUUCACACAAUUCAUGUGCAGAUAAAGCGUUUUAUACAAAUUUUUAAUAAUUGAUGACUUAACAUACUGAAACGGUAUGUCUUCAAAACCGAAUGUUUGAUAUUUAAUAAUAAUAAUAAUAAUAAUAAUAACAAAUGCCUUUAUUGAGUCAGUGGUAAAUAUAAUAAAUGGUAAAGUUUCAGAGGCGAAGUUCAGCUCACAGAAUGCGCUGCUCUUCCACUUAACCUUAAUUUGUUCCUAAGAAACUUGAGUCAUAAAGGUUUUGGACACCAGCAUAUGAACACUUCAUAAUUCCAUUCCAUUAUUUAUGUAUUAUCCUUGUCUGCUUAUUAUAAUGAAAGUUCUCAUGACCUUUGGGUUUCUAUUGUUAUAAAUAUAUCUCCAGUUCCCCUUCAAAGUCUAUAUUUUAUCACAACCCAUUAUUUUUAACAUCAUUGGUGUACAGAUUUGGACAUUCUAGGUCAAAGUUAUUAUUGCUGUAUUUAUAGUGAUGCAGAAGCGGAAACAGUAGAAGACAAAAUAUGUUUUACGGAAGCGGAAGUAGAAGCGGAGGAGUAAAUACUAUUAUAAAUUUGGUUAAAACUAGAAUAAUUAGUCAUAAAGACUUAAAAACGCACGAAUUAUUUCGACGAACUAAUGAGAUGAAUGAAUGCAAACAAAGGCAAACAAGUCGCGACACGUCUGACGGCCAGCUCUCGUGACAAACCUCGCCGCGUCUCACGUCACGUGCCGUCGCGUUCUACCAAUCAGAGCACAGAGCGCACCUGGCCAUAUUUGAAAAAUUGCGGUAUAUUUUCGUUAUAAAAUAGCAGAAGCGGAAGUGAAAAAUAUGCAGAACUUCCGCACUUGCAGAAUCGGAAACAGAGGUUUGUUACAA